UGAUAUUGGAAAUUAUAAAAUAAAAUGUAAAAUUAAGAUUAAGAAUAUUUACUCAACAAUGUGAACCCAAUCUUAGAAUAACUGGCACUCUAUUUAGUUAAAGAAAAGCCUGACAAUGUGGUAAAUUCUAUUUAUUAUCAUUUAAUUAGACCCAAGCAUCAAUUGAAUGGUUAAGCGUAACAGGAGGUAUUGUUAUUAUGCAUCAAUUCACUAGCUCAAAUUGAAAAUGGAUUACAUCAUAACCAACACUUUCAUAAUGACACUAUUGAAUCAUCUGAUGAUACAGAAUCUGAUGAGGAUGACUACGAACUAUAUGCCAAUAAUCCCAUUCGACCAGAUAGAGCAAGUGUUAGUGCUGAAGUCUAUGGAAUUUAUAACAAAAAAACUAAUUUCAAACCUAAAAUAGUUGCAAAAUCUCACUUACAAAUUCAGAGAAUCAAAGAGAAAUUGGCAUAAUCAUUUAUGUUCUCGGAAUUAGAUGAACAUGAUCUGAGAAUAGUCAUUAAUGCUAUGGAAGUCAUCCAAUGUAAGAAGGGAGAUGUAAUAAUCAGAUAAGGAGAUGACGGUGACAAUCUAUACAUAGUUGAUGAAGGAACACUAGAUUGCUCACGAACUAAAGCAGGCCAAGAUUCAGUUCAUCUGAAAACAUACAAGCCAGGGGAAUCCUUUGGUGAAUUGGCACUCUUAUACAACUCACCCAGAGCAGCCACCAUAGUUGCAGAGGAAAACUGCGUUCUAUUCUCUCUAGAUAGAGGAACAUUCAAUCACAUAGUCAAAGAUGCUGCCAUCAGAAAGCGAGAAAGAUAUGAAUACUUUUUAGCUCAUGUUGAAUUGCUUUAAGAGUUAGACCCUUAUAGCCGAUCUCAAAUUGCUGAUGCACUAAAGAGCAGAAACUUCAACAUAGGGGACUACAUUGUUAAAGAAGGAGAUGAAGGAGAUAUAUUUUACUUCCUUGAAAAAGGAGAAGCUGUAGCCACAAAAGUUUUGAAUCAAAGUAUUCUACUCCCAAAUAUCCUUUAGGUUAGCCUGCUUAAGUAGUUUACUUUUAUAAGGAAGGUGACUAUUUUGGAGAAAUUGCCCUACUGAGAUAAGCUCCAAGAGCUGCCUCUGUCAUUGCCGAAGUAAUCUGCAUUUUCAUUAAAUUAUAGACUCCGUGCACUGUUGUUUAUUUGGAUAGGGAGACAUUCAAAAGAUUAUUAGGACCACUUGAAGAUAUACUCACUCGUAAUUUUAAGAAGUACGAAAAAUACAUGAAUUGA